AUGACGUCCCAUGCCCCUGGAAGACCUAAAGAGCUCCUAGUGGAAGGGUGCUCACUGAGUCGUGCUCACACUUUCACCCUUCUCCAGCCCAAUGAAACCUGCAUUCCUUUCUGCCCGGUGGCAGAGUUUCAUCAGGAGGGUGGAGAGAAACUCCACCCGAACAAGCCUACAGUCUUGUUAUUAGCGCACACCCGUGAGAGACUGGAGCUGAGCUCUCCCCUGAUCACCCCGAGGCAAUCCGCCCACAGGAUCAACAGGAGGUGGAGGGCGGGAAAACAUAUAAAGCUCCCUGGGAGCAGCUCUUUUUUACUGUCCCAGCUGCACGGAUCUGCUCUCAGCAUGAAGACUCUUCUGGUUGGGCUCCUACUUGGUCUGGCAUACGUGGAAUUGGCCCAGUCCUUACGAUGUUACACAUGCAAGGAACCAACGGACAUUGCUAAGUGCAGAACAGCCACCCUGUGCCCCCCAAAAGCCAACGUGUGCACAACAACGCUGCACUCCGUAGACUCAGGUUACCCAUUUUUUGGCAACAUCACUGUGACCAGAAGCUGUGAGGAGGAAUGCCACUCCUAUAACGGGAUAGGGACGACCAGGCCCAAGUCAUGCUGCUACACUGACCUCUGCACCGAUGACACCAGGAGUGUCAGUGGGGUGGGAAGCAACUCUGCAGCGCUGGGUCUGAUGACCAUGGUUGUUGGCACGCUCCUCCAGUGCACUCUGUAA